AUGCAACCGACUACUGCUGUUUAAUCUUACCACAUUCUAGAACAAUGUGGUUAAGGCUCCUAUGGAAAAGUAAUGAUGGGUUACGUAAAAAGAGAUGACAUGGCUGAAGUGGAAAGAGAUAUCAUGAAUUUACUAAAUUCAAGCGAAUUCAUUGGUUUCCCUAGGAUUUAUAACAUGAAAUGUCUCAGUCAGGAAUAUUAAACUAUCCCAUAAGAAUAGCUGUUGGUAACUGACCUCUUGGGUAGUUCACUCUCUUGGUACUCUAAGUAAAAGCAUUUCACACUUUCCUAAGUCUAUAACAUAGGAAUAUAACUUCUUUAAAGAAUUAGAGAUUUCCACACUAUUGGAUAUGUCCAUGGGGAUAUAAAACCUUGUAAUAUACUCGUAGGUAAAGCGCUUCCUGCUGAACCAUAGAUCAAGACGAAAGCUCAUUUUGUUGGAAAAACUUUAAAAAGAAGCUCUGAAGUUAAAACUUCAUAGAAUCAAAUGCCAUCAUUGUUAAAGCAAAGCAACAUUUUCUAGGCCACGUUUAAACUUGACUAAACUUAGACACUUUAUUUGAUUGAUUAUGGAAUAUCAACUCCAUAUGUUGACUCAGAUGGCUCUCAUACUGCAUAAAAGGUUUUAAGAAACAUAAGAUGCUCUCCUUAGUAUGCAGGGCUUAACCAAAUUAAUGGAAUGAGUAAUAUUUAUAUUUUAAAUUAUUUAGCUUUGUGCAGAAAGGAUGAUAUAGAAGGUAUAUUCUACACUCUGGUUUCUCUCCUUAGAGUGCGAUCCUCAAAAAUUUCAAAUUACUCUAAAAAACCAAUGUCUGACAAUGAUUUACUCAAGGCUUUGGGAGGAAUCAAAGAUGAAAAAUAGCUUUAGGGGUAGAAAGAACUACUUAUUAUAAAAGAAACCAAGAGAAAUUUGAGCGAAUAACUUAUAAGUUCUUAUUUGCCUGAUGGAUUCGUGGAAUUUUACCAACACAUGAUUCAAUUGUAAUUUGAAUCUGAACCAGAUUAUGACUUGCUGCUAGAUAUUCUAAUAUAGGCUAAGCUAAAGUUAAGUCUAACUAGUUCACAAUUAUAAGAUAACAUAGUAGAUGAAGAGAGUGUCACUAGGGUGUCAUGUAUAUUGAAAGAAAACAACGUACCCAAAUUGUUGAAGAAAGAUUCUAGGCAAAAGAAGCAAAACGCUCUCAGCCCAUUUAUCAAAAUUAGAUUAAACUACAAUCAUCCCAAAUUGGAGCACUUAAAAAAACUUCCCUAGAUAAAAACAAAAACAAAUAACAAUGAGAUGGAUGAAACUUAGAUUCCAGAUGAAAAUAAACCUGAAAUGCUUUCACCUUAUCAGACCUUAAGAGGAAAAAUUGGCUAUAACAUCAACCAAAAUUUAUGUAAAAAUUAGGAGUAAUUAAGCUCAGAAUAAGCAUAAUACUACAAAUUGGCUAAUAAAAACACUUAAUCUAAACCAAUGACUUCGGACAUUAAAUACUCCUAAAGAUAUAAAUUUAUAAGUUGA